CUACAACCAUGACUACUCUCAACGCCUCUGAGCAUGCUAUAAAGUCGGUCACCAUCUAUCGCACGGCAGCAGAGGUCGUCCGACCUUUCGCCCUCGACCUCAAGGUGCGUUUACGAGGUAUCAUAGGCACAUUCUCUUGUCUUGACUACGCGCUGUACGUCGUGUAUCCUACGUAGGCGGGUACGAAUCGAGGGUGCGUCGCUCAGCUAUCCAGCAGUAUAGACAGCCAAUCGUUACGAGUGUCACAUCUGAGCGGUUC